AUGGAUUGGUUCCACUGUAACCAGUGCUUCUCAAGCUCAGGAUCAAAGUUUGCAGUGUCCAGCUGUGGACACAUCUGCUGCGAGGCCUGCAUUAAAGCUGAGCGAUGUGUCAUAUGCGGAACCAGCUGUAAUUAUCGGCCCAUCACAGAUCAGAUGAAACCACAGGAAAAGGUGUUUUUCAUGGAUCCUGUGAAGCUCAUCCAGUCACGGCUCGAACACAUUUCACAGAUUGCCGAUUUUCAACGGACACAAAUGGAGAGAGCAACAGCGUACUUCAAGCACAAGUCAGUUGAACUGGAAAAACAUCUGAAAGAAGUCACUCAACAGAGUUACAGGCAAAUAGCUGAAUUGAACAGAGAGAAUGCUGAUCUAAAAAGUCAAAAUAUGGAGCUAAAAAGAGAGAUGGCAGAGCUAAAAAAGCCUCUUUCGCAGAGGAGGGGUUCUCCAGGACAAUUUAAGACAAAUGGUGUUCAAAGGAUCUCUCUCCCUGUGGCUGUCACUUCUCCAGUUACCCCUCAUUUAAGAACUAUGAGGUAUGUUUGA